UUUAUUAUUUUUUCGAAGACACCCUUCGUCACGUUCUUCCCCAAACCCCCAAACCCCUCGCCCUCUCGCCACGCGGUCGCCUCUCCGGCUCUCCGCCGCCGGCGAAACUUCCACCGCGACACCAGUAAGGCACUACCCGAAAAGUGCGGCGCCGCUCCAGCCACGCCGGAGGAAUCCGCCGCGCCAGUACUCCGUCGCCGCCGCUACCGCCACCGCCGCUAUCCCGAAGCCCAAGCCAUCGUCCAGGAAGAAGGAGCAGGAGGAGGGGAAAGCAUCGGAGUUGAAGGCCCUGCCGGAGCCGGAUAUUCCCGCGCUGCUGCCGUUCAUGGCGAAGCUGGGCCCCGGGCAGGGGCUGGGGUGCGAGGCGGCGGAGGGGUCGCUCGUGCCCACCCGGAAGCGGGAGUACAAGCCCUGCGGCAAGCACACCGAGGGGAAGCGCCCGCUCUACGCCAUCGGCUUCAACUUCAUGGACGCCCGCUAUUACGACGUCUUCGCCACCGUAGGCGGCAACCGCGUGACAACUUACCGCUGCCUUGAGAAUGGUAGUUUUGCUCUUCUACAAGCAUACAUUGAUGAGGAUAAGGAUGAGUCAUUCUACACUCUAAGCUGGGCCCGUGAUCAUGCUGAUGGCUCGCCGCUGUUGGUAGCAGCAGGAAGCAAUGGGAUCAUUCAAGUCAUCAACUGCGCCACCGAGAAGUUGGCUAAGAGCUUUGUUGGCCAUGGUGAUUCAAUAAACGAGAUAAGAACUCAAGCGCUGAAGCCUUCGCUCAUCAUUUCUGCAAGCAAGGAUGAAUCUGUUAGGCUAUGGAAUGUCCAUACAGGGAUUUGCAUCUUGAUUUUUGCUGGAGCAGGAGGUCAUCGGAAUGAAGUAUUGAGUGUUGACUUCCACCCUAGUGAUAUCGAACGCUUUGCAAGUUGUGGCAUGGACAACACUGUGAAAAUCUGGUCAAUUAAAGAAUUUUGGCCAUAUGUUGACAAAUCAUAUUCAUGGACUGACCUUCCAUCAAAGUUUCCAACAAAAUAUGUCCAAUUUCCGGUCUUAAUUGCUGCUGUACACUCUAAUUAUGUUGAUUGUACUAGGUGGCUUGGUGACUUCAUCCUGUCAAAGAGUGUUGACAAUGAAAUUGUGCUUUGGGAACCAAAAACAAAAGAACAAAGUCCUGGGGAGGGUUCCAUUGAUAUUCUUCAGAAGUACCCUGUGCCAGAGUGUGAUAUCUGGUUUAUCAAAUUUUCAUGUGAUUUUCACUUCAAUCAAUUGGCAAUAGGCAACCGUGAAGGUAAAAUCUAUGUCUGGGAAGUACAGUCCAGCCCACCUUCUCUAAUUGCUCGGCUAACUAAUCCGCAAUGCAAAUCAGCAAUAAGGCAGACUGCAGUGUCGUUUGAUGGAAGCACAAUCCUCGGAGCUGGUGAGGAUGGCACCAUAUGGCGAUGGGACGAAGUGGAUCAUCCAAGCGCCAAAAACUGAAGCAAGCGCAGCUGCCCUGCCAGCGGUGGCAAUGUCAGACAGAUUAAGCUUGACCUGGGGGUUUCUCGUUGGUUUAAUUCCUACUGGUUAGCCUUAUCAUUGGUCAAAACUGCAACUUGGUUGUUUCGAAGUCUGAAUGGUUGAUUAACUGAAUGUUGAAUGUUUAGGAUGUUGGCUCUGGUAUGCUCUGAAUGUUGUAAGUUAAGAUGGUUGCUCUAUUGUUAUGUGCUGUGGACAAAGAAGGCUGGAUCUCAAUUGGAACUUUGGAGAUCAUUGUCAUC